AAAUUAACAAUUCACAAAUUAAUACGCUUUUGUAUUCAAAUAAAGUUUUGUGUACCAGCUAGGGCAAACUAUACUUCAACUAUAACUAUUAUUUUUUAUAUAUUUUAAAUAACUAUUAUUUUCCAACAUGAAUAACUUUCCAGUGCUUUUGUUAGUAUUAGUAAUAUUAAAACAAGUAAGUUGUGAACCUACGCCGAUCGUGUUAUGGCAUGGAAUGGGUGACACCUGCUGUACCCCAUUCAGCCUAGGAGUGUUUAAGGAUUUUGUGGAAAAGCAAAUACCAGGCGUCUAUAUCAACUCUUUGAUGAUCGGAAACUCUGUUGUUGAGGAUAUGGAAAAUGGCUUUUUCAUGUAUGCCAAUUCACAGGUAGACUAUGCUUGUGCAAAAGUUGCGGAAGACCCAAAACUUAGAAAUGGAUUUAAUGCUAUUGGCUUCUCACAAGGAAGUCAAUUUCUGAGGGCAUUAGUCCAACGCUGCGGUCACAAGCUGGGACCGAUCAGGAACCUGAUAACCCUUGGCGGUCAACACCAGGGAGUGUACGGUCUGCCUCACUGCGGGGCAUACCAGCACGCGACUUGCGACUACGUGCGACGACUACUCAAUUACGCCGCUUAUUAUGGUUGGGUGCAAAAAUCCCUAGUCCAAGCGACCUACUGGCAUGAUCCUCUCGACGAAGUCACCUACAAGAGAUACAGCGAGUUCAUAGCCGACAUCAACAACGAGAGGGAAGUCAACGUGACAUAUGUCACCAACCUGAAGAGUAUAGACCAUUUCGUAAUGGUGAAGUUUGACAAUGACAGCAUGGUUCAGCCGCGCGAGACGGAGUGGUUCGGUUUCUACGCUCCCGGACAAGCCACGAAGGUGCUUGGGUUGAGAGACACGGAGCUUUAUAUUAAGGAUCGUCUGGGUCUGAAAGCCAUGGACAAGGCCGGCAAGCUGGUGUUCCUCUCGCAGCCUGGAGACCAUCUGCGCUUCGACCGUCAGUGGUUCAUUGACGUCAUACUCAAACCUUAUCUACUGAAUUAAGGGAAGAAUGUGUUUUUGGAAAGAAGAUUUUCAAGGUUGGCUUUAUUGAGUUUUCUCAGUUUGUUUUAUGUUCAACGAAAAAAUAGCUUUUGAGGUAAAAAGUACAUACAAUAAUCAGAUCAUUAUAGUCGAAAUUUCCCAGUCCUUUUCUUUAUCUAAGUACAGACUUUUUCCAUUACGUUUCUGUCAAAAUAGUAACACAAAAACGUUAUCGACUUUCAAUCGUAUGUCCAAGUGAUUAAGGGUUAAUUUCGUUUGCUGUCAUAAAGUGCUAAUAAGUAAUAUCUGAUAAGUAACAGAAAUCUGAUUAAUGAUCUGAGUGGUAAUGAUUAAGAGAUCUGAUUAAGAGACCUAGUGAUAUAAGAGGCUAUUAAUGCUGAGCAUAUAAAAAUGAAACUCUAGAAUCUAGAUAGAUCAGCGUAGUAUGAAUAUUUUUUUAUUGAUUAACUAUGAUCCAAACCAGAAGGCAAGUUACUCACAAAGUAUAGAAUUUGUAUCUUUCCUAUCAAGAGGCUAGCCUCAUUAUUCGGACCAUAAUUUAAGAACAACCAACAAAUAUUAUUUACAAUAAUAUGUAAUAAUUAAUCAUAGAUGCAUAGUAAUAAGAAAUACCUGCUCCUAAACAUCUUAAAUAAAGUUAGAAACGUCUAGGGAUUUAGAAAUUUUUAGAAUAUAUUGAGGCUAAACAGAGUUACAUUUAUAAUAAUAUGUACAAGAUUAUAAAUUAUAAUGUAAACGAAUUUAUAUUUACUUACUAGUUAUUAAAUGUAUUGUGAUAACA